AUGGAGGCCGCAGAGCAGAGCAGGAGCAGGGCAGCCACCACCAGUAAACCUCACCCAGCUCAAGCACAAGCUCUAGCUGAUCGUCCAGUGAGGAUGUGCGGCAUACUUGCUGUGCUUGGGUGCGCCGACGAGGCGUCUCAUGGCAAGAGAGCCAGGGUGCUGGAGCUGUCGCGGCGGCUCAAGCACCGGGGCCCCGACUGGAGCGGCCUCCGGCAGGUGGGCGACUGCUACCUCUCCCACCAGCGCCUCGCCAUCAUCGACCCGGCUUCCGGCGACCAGCCCCUCUACAACGAGGACCAGUCGGUGGUCGUCGCCGUCAACGGCGAGAUCUACAACCACCAGCACCUUAGGACCCGCCUCGCCGGCGCCGGGCACAGCUUCAGGACCGGCAGCGACUGCGAGGUCAUCGCGCACCUGUACGAGGAGCAUGGAGAAGAGUUCGUGGACAUGCUGGACGGCGUCUUCUCCUUCGUGCUGCUGGACACCCGCCAUGGCAGCGGAAGCAGCAGCUUCAUGGUUGCCCGUGACGCGAUCGGUGUCACGCCCCUCUACAUCGGAUGGGGAAUCGAUGGAUCGGUGUGGAUAUCGUCAGAGAUGAAGGCCCUGAACGACGAGUGCGAGCACUUUGAGAUUUUCCCUCCGGGGCAUCUCUACUCCAGCAAGACUGGAGGAUUCAGCAGGUGGUACAGCCCACCAUGGUACGACGAGGCCAUCAUCCCCUGUGUUCCAUACAACCCGCUGGCGCUGCGGAAGGCGUUUGAAAAGGCUGUGGUAAAGCGGCUGAUGACAGACGUCCCCUUCGGCGUCCUGCUCUCCGGCGGGCUGGACUCGUCGCUCGUGGCGGCCGUCGCCGUGCGCCACCUGGCCGGGACAGAGGCCGCCAAGCGCUGGGGCACCAAGCUCCGCUCCUUCUGCGUGGGCCUGGAGGGAUCCCCUGACCUGAAGGCGGCCAGGGAGGUGGCAGACUACCUGGGCACCCUGCACCACGAGUUCCACUUCACUGUUCAGGACGGCAUCGAUGCAAUUGAAGAUGUAAUCUACCACACCGAGACGUACGACGUGACGACGAUUAGGGCGAGCACGCCCAUGUUCCUCAUGUCGCGCAAGAUCAAGUCGCUCGGGGUGAAGAUGGUCAUCUCCGGCGAGGGCUCCGACGAGCUCUUCGGAGGCUACCUCUACUUCCACAAGGCACCCGACAAGGAGGAAUUCCAUCGCGAGACCUGCAGGAAGAUUAAGGCUCUGCAUCAGUAUGACUGUCUGAGAGCCAACAAGGCGACGUCUGCCUGGGGCCUCGAGGCUCGCGUCCCUUUCUUGGACAAGGAGUUCAUCAAUGAGGCUAUGAGCAUCGAUCCUGAGUGGAAGAUGAUCCGGCCUGAUCUUGGAAGAAUUGAGAAGUGGGUGCUCAGGAAGGCAUUUGACGAUGAGGAGCAGCCAUCCCUGCCCAAGCAUAUCCUGUACAGACAGAAGGAGCAGUUCAGUGACGGUGUUGGGUACAGCUGGAUCGAUGGCCUCAAGGCUCAUGCAUCAUCAAAUGUGACUGACAAGAUGCUGUCAAAUGCAAAGUUCAUCUUCCCGCACAACACUCCAACCACAAAAGAGGCCUACUAUUACAGGAUGAUCUUCGAGAGGUUCUUCCCACAGAAGUCUGCUAUCCUGACGGUGCCGGGCGGGCCAAGCGUGGCGUGCAGCACGGCCAAGGCCAUCGAGUGGGACGCGCAGUGGUCGGCAAACCUGGACCCCUCGGGGAGGGCGGCGCUGGGCGUUCAUCUCGCCGCCUACGAACACGAACACGAACAAGAUCCGAAGCAUGUCCCUGACACCAUCGCAGCAGGAGGCAGCAAGAAGCCGAGGACCAUCAGAGUGGCAGCAGCGGCGGCGCUGCCUGGCGUUGCCAUCGAGGGAUAG